AUGUCUGAAAAAAUGAUUGAGAAGAGAACAUGUUAGCUUCAUGAAAAUUUAGAAAUUCUUGCAGUUGAUCUAAGUUAAUAAAGUAACGAAUAAGAUGUUAAUAAAUAUUUGUGUGUAAAAUGUCUAAUUGAAAAGAUUGGAAUAAAAGAGAUUGUUUUGUAUGAUAAGACUAUAGAUAUGAUUAAAGAGAUUAAGAGUAAAUAAAAAAAAUAGAAUCAGGAUAUGAUUCAAGAAAAAGUUCAGAAUAUAAAAUAAUUGUAAUAAUCUAUUUUAGAAUUCGAUAAAAUUAUGAAGGGGACAAUUAGUAAACUAUAAAAUAGUUUUGAUUAAUAAAUAAUGGAGGGUUAGAAAGAAAUACAAUAAAGGGAUUCAUAAAUAGAUUCUAUAAAUUUGGAUUAAGGCAUUCAAAUUCUAUCAAGCAUUUAUAGAGAAAAUGAUGAAUAUGAGAUUCCAACUUAAAAAUAUGAGACAGAGAAUAUUUCAUAGUUUUUAGAUUCCAUUAAAUAGUAACUUCUUCAAAUAUCUACUUCAUAAUAGUUUUUAUAAAUAUAAUAAUCAAUUAAAACAAUUGAAUAAUAAUUUUUAAUAAAAGAAGAUCCUCCAAAAAUAUAGAAGAAUGUAAAUAAUUUUGUAUAUAAUAUUUAGAUAACUCUAAGUUUAAAGUAGAUAUGUAAAAUUCAUGAAUCAGAUAUUAUAAUGAUAAAUUUAAAUCCAUCUGAAUCUUAAUCGUAAAAGAGAUUUGCAUGUGUUGAGUGCAUUUAAGAAUGUUCGAAUAAUUAUGUUUCCUUAAAAGAAGUAAAUAAGAGAUGGAUCUAAUAUACACAAUAAUAAAACGAAAUUAAAUAAAAUUACUAAAUUAAAAGAUAAUCAAAGUUUAAUUCAGCCACUUUAAUAAUUAUGUAAUUAAAAGAAAAGUAUCAAAAAUACUCUCUCUGAGAUUAUUUAAUCACUUGAUACAUAAUUUAAAUAGGAAGAUUCUUUAUUUUUAAUUAAAAAUGAUUAUAAGGAUUUCAAUAUUAAUUAAUUAGACGAAUAAGAAAUCCAAAAUGUUGUCGAUAUUUUGUGUUAAAAAGAUUAACAUUCUAAAUUAAAAAAUAAAUAAGAAGACCUAAAUUAAUUUGAUUCAAAAUUUUAUUCAAAUUUAAAACUAAAUUUAGAUAAUCUUAUGCAAUAUGAUAUCUUAACUAAACAUAAUCUAAUUAAAAUUAUUGAUGAUAAUGAAUAAGAUAUUAUAAAGAUUGAUGAUUAUGUUCAAAAUAAUAAUGAACUUAAUAAUAAGCUAGAUGCUAAUUCUUUCUUUAAAAAAUUAUUAAUAUCAGACUAAUAUAACUUCAUUCUUAAUGAUGUAUUUAACUUUUAUAUAAAUUUAUAAAAAGAGUUAGAUGAUUUAUAAUAACAAGGAGAAGUGAUGUAAUUAUUCAAUCAACAAUAAUAAUAGUAAUCACAAUUCUUUUAAAAAUAAUAUCAAUUAUUUUAGUCUAAUUCAAAUAAAAUGAAAACAUUAAUUAUGGCUGAAGAUAAUUUAAAGUUAUUGAAACAAUUAUAAGAAUCAAAUUAAUAAUAAUAAUCAAAAUUGAUAGAAGAGGGAAAACAACUAGAAGAAAUUAAUUUACAAUUAACUUAAAUUAAAGAGAAAGAAUUCAAACUUUAAGAAAAAGUAAAACAAGAUAUUGAAUUAAUAGAAAGUUUGUCAAGUAAGUUAAAGGAUCAAGAAAACAUAAAUAAAUAAUUAAAUGAAAAAACAAAUGAAUAAAACUAAUUAAUACAGACGAUUUAAAACAAUUUAGACAAAACUAAAUCAGAAUUAAGUAUUAAAGACUAAGAAUUAAAGAACAAUAUAUCUUAAAAUGAAGAAAAAUUAUUAGAAUUGCAAAGUGUUUACUCUUUUGUAAGAACAUCUUGGACUAUUGGAAAAAAUACUAUAUUAAAAGAUGAUUAUUGUAUUAAAAUUCUUAAAACUAUUGAAGAAAAGACUAAGAAAAAAAUUAAAAAUCAAUAUUUGAUUUAUUGUGGAACAAAGGAUGGAUUAAAUGGAUAAACUUUUUGGAAAUGUGUCGAUAAACUCUCAAAUUUAUUAAUGAUAUUUAAAUCUAAAAGUGGUUAUAUAUUUGGUGCAUUUUCUCCUUGUUAAUGGUAAUUAAUGUCUGGUAGUUACUUUCAAGAUAAUGCAUUGUCAUCAUUUUUAUUUUCAUAGACACAUGAUUAAAUAUAUCCAUUAAAAGAAGCAAAUAAAUAGCAUUCUAUUUAUUGUAAUCAAUCAUCAUAUGGACCUACUUUUGGUGGGGGUCAUGACUUAUAUAUUUCAGCAGAUUUUAAUGGUGGAUAUUCUAGUUUAGGGCAUUCUUAUUAGUGCAAUUAAUAUCAAAUCGCAAACACUAGUACUCAUUUAUUUGGUUAAUCAACUCCAAAUAUAGCUGAAUGUGAGAUAUUGAUGUUAACAUUUGGAUGA